AUGGAUUUGCCAUUUCUGCAAGUUUUGUGAAAAGAAAAUCUCUAUCCGAGCUAUUCAACUAACCCGGAACUUUGAUAUCAACGGAGUAAUUCAGCAAACGUACUUUACGGCGUGCGAGCGUCUUUAUUAGUAGUUGAACAGGUAGCUCGGACAUUUGUCUUGGAAUAAACCGGACUGAGUUCCCUCGGAGUGGAGAACAGACUUGCUUCAAAUGUUCCUCGCUGCGAGGUCAACACUUCCUACGGGAGACAAACUCUCUACUCGCCUUUUCUGAGCAGGAGCUGCAAUAAAGUGAGAGCCAGAGGGAGAGCGUUCUUUUCCAGCCGAGAGUCACGCCAUCGUUGUGGAGUCCAGAGGUGCCAAAAUGCCGCAGCAGAAAGACAUAGUGAAGAUAGCCAUCCAGAUGCCAGGGGCCUAUCCCCAGCUUAUUCGACUGGACCAGAAAAAGCCACUGUCUGCUGUUAUUAAGGAGGUCUGUGAUGGCUGGAAUCUUCCAGGCCAUGAAAACUACGCCCUGCAGUAUGCCGAUGGAGUGCAGACAUACAUCACUGAAUCAAAUCGUUUGGACAUAAAGAACGGUUGCAUUCUGCGUCUGACCAAGGCCCCGGGGCGCUGUGCGGAGGACUUGUUCAAGGGCAUCCAAAGCUCGGACCUGGGCGUGCGAUGUGAUUCGUUGAAGCAACUGGCGAAUGUUGCCACAGACGUGACCUUCGCUCAAGAGUUCAUCAGCCGAGACGGACACAUCUUACUGGUCAAGAUAGUGGAAGAUUCUAAUGAGGGUGCUGUGAUCAUGACUCACACGCUGACGGCCUUUAUGGAGCUGAUGGAUCACGGCAUAGUUUCUUGGGAAAAUCUCUCAUCGAUCUUCAUUGAGAAGAUCGCUAGUUUUGUCAACACCAAGGUGGCAGAUGCGUCCAUUCAGCAGGUGUGCUUGGACAUCCUGGAGAGUAUGGUCCCGAGCAGCCACAGCCUCUUCCUGCAGGUCAAACAAGUGGUUACCAUGGAGAGGCUAAUCACUCACCUCCAGACGACCAAUCAGCAGAUCCAGACCAAAGCAAUGGCUCUACUCAUGGCUCUGCUGCAAACAGCAGGGGAUGCGGACAGACAGGAAAUGUUUGCAUUCAUGAAUAAGAAAAAUCUCCGCCAGUACAUUUACAAGAACAUCAUCCACAGUUCUGGUUCAGUCCAGGACGAGAUGGCCCACUACCUCUAUGUCCUACAAUCAGUGGCUUUGAAUCACCUGGAGCCCCGAAUGAGGAUGCCGCUGGACUGUUACAGCCAGGAGCAGAGAGACAACCUUCACAUUCUGCGGCAGACGGCCUUUGAGACGGAGAGUGAAAACAGCCUCAACAACGAGAGACGACGUUCUCUCUGCGCCAAAGAGUUCAAGAAGUUGGGCUUCUCUAACAAUAGCAACCCAGGUCAGGAUUUGAUACGAACGCCUCCGGGUCUUUUAGCUUUGGACACCAUGUUAUAUUUUGCGACUCGCAAUCCCGAUGCAUACAGCAGGUUUGUUCUGGAGAACAGCAGCAGGGAGGACAAGCACGAGUGUCCGUUCGCUCGGAGUAGCAUCCAGCUUACUUUAAUCUUGUGUGAAAUCCUCCGCAUCGGAGAGCCCCCCUCAGAGACAGGAUCCGACUACCACCCCAUCUUCUUCAGUCAGGACCGACUCCUGGAGGAGCUCUUUUGUGUGUGCAUCCAGCUGCUCAACAAAACCUGGAAGGAGAUGAGAGCCACACAGGAGGACUUUGACAAGGUCAUGCAGGUGGUGAGGGAGCAGAUCACACGCACGCUCUCCACCAAGCCCACCUCUCUGGACCUCUUCAAGAACAAAGUCAACGCUCUGAACUACAGCGAGAUCCUCAAACUGAGACAGACGGAACGAUUGCACCAGGAAGAGACGCUGGCGGCGCCCGUUCUGGAGCUGAAAGAGCGUCUGAAGCCCGAGCUGCUGGACCUGAUCCGCCAACAAAGACUCCACCGGCUGUGCCAAGGAACCAUGUUCAGGAAGAUCAGCAGCCGGCGCAGACAAGACAAACUGUGGUACUGCCGCUUGUCUCCCAACCACAAGAUGCUGCACUACGGAGACGUGGAGGACGACGCUGAAACCCCCCCCAUUGAGAGCCUGCAGGAGAAGAUUCCAGUGGCGGACAUCAAAGGCUUACUGACGGGCAAAGACUGUCCUCACAUGAAGGAGAACAAAGGCAAACAGAACAAGGAGGUGCUGGACUUGGCCUUCAGCAUCACGUACGACGUGGAGUACAGCCUCAACUUCAUCGCACCUUCCAGAACCGACUUCUGCCUGUGGACAGACGGCCUCAACGUCCUCCUGGGCCGAGACAUGAGCAGCCAGUCUUUGCACAGCGAGCUGGACAUCCUCCUCUCCAUGGAGAUCAAGCUCCGCCUCCUGGAUUUAGAGAACGUCCCCAUCCCCGAGAGUGCGCCCGUCGUGCCCAAACCGCCCAGCAACUACAACUUCUGCUACGACUUCAGCCAAACGGAGCAGUAGAGUGUGAGAACAGGUGUGUGUAUGUGUGUGUAAAUAUGUGUGUGUGAUGUGAGUGUUGCAUUCAUGUUUUGUUUUUUGAAAACAAAUCAUGGUGAUUUUUUUCGAAUUACACAACUCAUCGCUUAACUGAAAGCAUUAAGUGCAAUUUUGCUUUAAUAAUCUGCUGCAUAUUUUUUGUUCGACCUGACAUUACAGAAGCACCACCAAAAACUGUAUUUGUUUUGAAUGAUUGUACUGUUUUACCAAUAAUAACGUGUGUGAUGGAUGGACUGUUCCUGUGUGAACACUUGAGGCUAAAGACUGUGCCUUUAAAAAAUGUUAUCUUAGCAAGGUGGAGCUUAAAGGCCUACUGAAAUGAGAUGUUCUUAUUUAAACGGGGAUAGCAGCUCCAUUCUAUGUGUCAUACUUCAUCAUUUCGUGAUAUUGCCAUAUUUUUGCUGAAAGGAUUUAGUAGAGAACAUCCACGAUAAAAUUUGCAACUUUUGGUCGCUAAUAAAAAAGCCUUGCCUGUACCGGAAGUAGCAGACGAUGUGCGUGUGACGUCACGAGUUGUGGAGCUCCUCACAUCUGAACAUUGUUUAUAAUCAUGGCCACCAGCAGCAAGUGCAAUUCGGACCGAGAAAGCGACGAUUUCCCCAUUAAUUUGAGCGAGGAUGAAAGAUUCGUGGAUGAGGAAAGUGAGAGUGAAGGACUAGAAAAAAAAGAAAAAGGCGAGGGCAGUGGGAGAGAUUCAGAUGUUAUUAGACAAAUUUACUAGGAUAAUUCUGGAAAAUCCCUUACUUAUUACUACAAUUUUUCUCACCGAAACCUGCCGGUUGACAUGUGGUAGAGAAACAUGUUCGCUUGACCGCUCUGUUCCAUAUUAAAGCUUCACAACAAACAAAGAAACACCGGUUGUUUGUGUUGCUACAGCAGGCUGCAAUACACCGCUUUUCACCCACAUCUUUCUUCUUUGACGUCUCCAUUAUUAAUUGAACAAAUUGCAAAAGAUUCAGUAACACAGAGUCCAGAAUACUGUGUAAUUAUGCGAUAAAAACAGACUACUUUAUCUGUGAUCGGUGCUGGGAGAACAUGUCCGCUACCACCAGUGACGUCACGCGCACGCGUCAUCAUUCUGUGACGUUUUCAACAGGACACAUCGUGGGAAAUUUAAAAUUGCAAUUUAGUAAAGUAAAGCGGCCGUAUUGUCAUGUGUUGCAAUGUUAAUAUUUCAUCAUUGAUAUAUAAACUAUCAGACUGCGUGGUCUCUAGUAGUGGCUUUCAGUAGGACUUUAAAAUCAGCCUUUUUAGGACUUACGGUACUUUGAAAAUAAUGAUACAGUGUGCAAAUCACUUCUAGAUGUUAUGGUAAAAAUGAUGUACUGUAUUUGAAAGAUGAUGAUGGAUAUGUCUGCCUCAUUCUUCCAAACAUGUGUUAAUGCCAACACUUUACAAGAUGAAAGGAGUUCACACCAACUAGUUAAAUACAAAAAGUAUUUUAUAUCAGAUUUUUCAUUCAGUCAUGGCGAAUUGUGUCGGACAUUUGAUUUCUUUAUGCUCACAAAUAAUGCAGGAGCUUUGGAUGUUAUUUUGUGUUUGUACAAAGAUCUCUUAAAAAGAAAACAUUUCAAAAAUAAAUCCAGGUACAAUU